CUUUUGACAUUUUAAAUGGUUUUUUUUGGUGGCGGGAAUGUGCUUCCAUAGAUGCGGUUUAUGUAAUGAAAAAUAUUUUACGAAAUGAAAUACUUUUUGGGAGAGUGGGGGACUGAAACGUGGAGGAAUGCAGUUAUCUAUCCGUUUAAGAAAAUCGAGAAUGCGGCAUUGACUGCGACUGCGCGAAUUUGCAGGAAACGUUAACAGUCGUUUCACCAGCUGAUAAAUUGUCAACAGUCAAGACUGGGACCUUAGAUCGUUUCAGAUACAGCGCCGAUACUGUCACUGACAGAAAAAGAGGAGAGGAGAGGUAGAGAAAGACUUCACAUCCCAGAGACCACUGGGAGGCCUCACCCUCCACCAUCACCAUGGCUACCAGAGGGAGUUGCCGGCCCAACAGCACGCUGCCCCAGACCAAGAUAUGCCAGUUUAAACUGGUCCUACUGGGAGACAUGGCAGUGGGCAAGUCCAGCCUAGUUCUGCGCUUUGUCAAGGGACAGUUUGAUGAGUUCCAGGAGACCACCAUCGGAGCUGCGUUCCUGGCCCAGUCUGUGUGUCUAGACGACACUACGGUGAAGUUUGAGAUCUGGGACACAGCGGGACAGGAGCGCUACCACAGUCUGGCUCCCAUGUACUACCGCGGCGCACAGGCUGCCAUCGUGGUCUUUGACAUCACCAAGCCGGAGACGUUUGAGCGCGCUAAAGCCUGGGUGAAGGAGCUACAGAGGCAGGCUAGCCCCAACAUUGUCAUCGCUCUGGCAGGGAACAAGGCGGACCUGGCUGAGAAGAGACUAGUGGAGUAUGAGGAGGCCCAGACCUAUUCUGAAGACACUGGACUUCUCUUCAUGGAGACCUCUGCCAAGACCGCCAUGAAUGUCAACGAACUUUUCCUGGCCAUUGCUAAAAAGAUGCCCAAAACAGACACCCAGAAUCCGACACAUGCAGCGCGACACCGGGGAGUGAACCUACAGGAUCCUGAAGCCCACAACACCCGAUCCUGCUGUGGUGGAGGAGGAGGAGGAGGAGGAGGAGGAGGAGGGAACUAGGACCGCUUCACCGUCAUCCUGCCAUCCCUGCUCCCAACCACCCUCCCUCCCAUCCACAGACAG